AGGAGGAAGAUGGCCAUCCUUAUAGUCUUUUGUGUACUCGUACUUUCCUUGGAGUCAACAGCUGCCGACCUCGUUAAAGCUGCCCCGAGUGGGACACAUUCAAAUGGCUCGACGGCAAAGCCUCGGAAAGAUGUUGUGGGAUGUGGUGAGCGACCAGUAUCAGCAGGUGAUGUCUUCGCCCUGAUGUCACCGAAUCACCCGAAUCGUUACCCAUCGAAUUACAACUGCGUCUGGAAAUUUAAGAAGUCAAGCCUAGAUGUUAUUUUACGACUUCACUGUGAUUCUACACAGAUUAGACGAAAACCUCACUGCAGAGAGGGAUGGAUACGGGUGAGGGAUGACAAAGACAUGGACAGAAAGCUCUGCGGGAGACAUCUUGACUUGCCAUUCGAUUCCAAAGGGAAUUCCUUAGAAAUAUCCUUCCAUUCAAAGACACGACAAACUGCGAAUGGCUUCCACUGCAAAGUCACUGGAGUUGCACCGCCAUCUGACGAAUCUGCUCCGCCUCAGAACAGCGAGAAAUUGUGUCCCAUAUGCGGAACACCACGUCGGGAUGAGAGGAUUGUCGGAGGCCAGAUGGCCGCCAACCAUAGCCACCCGUAUCUGGGGGGUUUGGUCAACGAUAACGAAACAACUGUUUGGUGUGGGGCAGUUCUCAUCUCGGAACAGUAUCUCCUGACGGUGGCCCAUUGUGCUAAAAACAUCCAUCUGGACGAACAUGAAGUGAACGUGAUCCUGGGGACGAACCUCGUAUUGGAAGGGGAGGAGGGAGGCCAGCAGAGGAUCCCUGUUGCUAAAGUUAUCAUACAUGGCAGGUACAAUCCCCUCAACUUGGCUAAUGAUAUUGCUUUGCUGGAACUUCAGAGGCCUGCAAUCCUAGGACCAACGGUACAUCCUAUAUGCCUUCCUACCGAAGACAGUGACUACACAGGCACAAUGGCGAUUACGACGGGUUGGGGGAAAUUAUCAGAAGGAGGCGAGCUUUCUGCGACGCUGCAGGAAGUGGCGGUAGAAGUUGUGAGCCACGAAGAAUGUGUUCGAGUUUACAAGGCAGACAAUGUGAACACAAAUCACGUGUGCGCUGGUGGGAAUGGGACAGAUGCCUGUCAGGCCGACUCGGGAGGUCCUCUGAUUGUAACGCUGUCGAAUGGCACUAAGGUCCUCCUUGGAAUCACCUCCUGGGGCAGAGGCUGCGGAAGAAUAGGGAACCCUGGAGUUUACGUCAAAGUUUUCGGUUACCUUGGUUGGAUUGUAAGCAAAGUGGAGAAAGAUGCCUGUGACUACCUCGAGCAUUUGCCCUCCCCUGAACGACCUUCUGUGACAUCGAAUCACACAUGCGCCUGCGGUCGAAGGAACAACCCUCUGCGCAUCAUAGGCGGCCAUCCCACGAAAGUGCACGAGUUCCCGUGGCAGGUAGCCAUUGUGGACUACUUUGGAAUCAAACCUUUUUGCGGGGCCGUCGUCAUCAGCUCUUCGUGGGUCCUCACAGCUGCACAUUGCGCCCAUGAAAUGCACCACGGAGAUCAACUACUGAUAGGAGAACACAACUGGAGACAGGCAUCGGAGACUCUCCUUACCAUUAGAGUCGGCAUCGCCGAGAUUAUCCCGCACCCGAACUACAACAAACCGCCGCUGGACAACGACUUGGCUCUUCUCAGGCUGGAAGAACCACUCGAUUUCUCCUUGUACCACAAUGCCAUCGCCCCGGCGUGCCUACCUCCUCCCGGCCGCUCUUUCGAAGGCGAAAUUGCCAUAGUCUCAGGAUGGGGUCUCAGUAAAUUUGGAGGGAUGCAGUCCUCGGUACUGAGGGCGGUAGAAAUUCCAAUCAUGAGUAGGAAGUCUUGCGUAAGCAGUUACGGGUCCUACUUCACGGAGAAUAUGAUUUGCGCUGGAUAUCCACAAGGUAGAAAAGACGCGUGCCAGGGUGACUCCGGAGGACCUCUUGUUGUCAACAACGGAACUGGAAAUUACGUUCUCACUGGAAUUGUCUCGUGGGGAUACAAAUGUGCAUACCCAGGCUACCCAGGCGUUUACGCAAAAGUGAACAAUUAUCUUCCUUGGAUCCACAGCUACAUAGCAGGAACGGACACGUGCGAGAAUAAUUAGCUAUCAGUACAAUAGGCAUGGAAUGUUCAAAGUCGAGUAUGAAUGGCUUUGCAUUCAAGUUGACUAAGCUAUUCAUUCUGAGUUACGACAACGAAACAGGGCCCAGAGUUUAUGAGAACAUUCUUAAAAGUAUUUACCUCAUCUCGGCUCUUUGAUUUCAUCUCAUUAGUCUUUGCUUUGAUCUUUGCUCUCACCUCUCGAGAGAGUUCAGAUAUUUGCAGCGAAAGGAUUCCUUCUUUUCAUGCUUUACAAAAUGAAUAAAAAUGUUAAUAACUCUA